UGCAGCUGAAGGUCGGUCUCACAUUAAAUGUCUGAUCGAGUGAAUCUGAUUCUCACUAAAAUACUCAACGGCAUCAGCCACCAGGGAACUGAUUCCAGUGUUGCUCGAACAUGGAUCCAGAUCCAGAUUUCGAUCCAGAUCCAGAUCCAGAUCCAGAUCUCACCAUCGUCCUUCUGGGAAACACUGGAGUCGGUAAAAGUGCUUCAGGAAACACCAUCCUGGGAUACCAGGCCUUCGAGUCAGGACUUUCCCUCAGGUCACUGACAACUGAAAUCUCUGAAAAACCUGGAACUGUGUUUGGGAAACAGAUCUCAGUGAUCGACACUCCGGGAAUUUUAGGACAUGAGGGGGAGAUUCAGACCGAGUGUCAGCGUGUCCUGCAGUCCUCCAUACCUUGUCUGUUCCUGGUUGUUAUCAGCGUUGGACGGUUCACAGAAGAACAAGAGAAAGCUCUAAAGGCAACCAUCCCAGUUCUCGGGCAGGAUGGACCAGAAAAGAGUUAUAUACUUUUCACAAACGGGGACGCCUUGAAGAAGAUCACAGUGGAGGAUUUCAUCUUUGAAGAAGAAGAAGAAGAAGAAGGUCCACUUCCAGACAUCGUUAGAAGCUUUGCAGGGAGGUAUCAUCUCUUCAAUAAUGUAAAUGGAGGACAGGAACAAGGACCAGAACAAGGACAGGAACAAGUCCGAGAUCUGCUGAUAAAGUCCGGUCACCUUCAAGGAUCUCAUCUACCACCAGCUGCUGGUUUUGGAGAGUCCGUCCGGUUGGAGGGAACGAGGAUCGUGCUGCUCGGUCUUCCUGGAGGAGGGAAGAGUUCAUCAGGAAACACCAUCCUGGGAGCAGAUCUGUUUAAGUCAGACUUGGACUUUAAUUCAGUCAGUACUGAGACUGUUUCAAAGUCAGCAGAGGUAGAGGGACGCAGGGUCACGGUGGUCGACACUCCAGGGUUUACUGAUGAAGUUCUGUCUCCUGAACAGCUGUAUAACGAGAUUAUGAAGUCGCUAGUCGACGCCAGUCCGGGACCACAUGCCUUUGUUAUUGUGGUGAAGAUUGGCAGGAUGUCCAGAGUCGACGCUGACCUGCUUAAGAUGCUACCAGAACUAUUUGGCAAUGAGGCCCUGAACUACACCAUGUUGGUGUUCACUCAUGGAGACGAGCUGGGAGGUCAGUCCAUCGAUCAGAUGAUCCGGUCCAGCAGCUGUGUGUCAGCCCUGGUCUCCAUGUGUUCUGGGAGAUUUUGUGUGUUUGACAACAAAGGAAGAAAAAGCAGAAGGCAAGUUCGGAACUUCAUGAGUAAAAUCAACGAGAUGGUCUCAGCCAACGGAGGAAAGCACUGCACGUCCGACAUGUUCAGGAUGGCCAACACGUUCAUCGAAGAAGCUGAGCGAACUGGGACAGCUGGAGGCGAUCAGGCCCCGAGAGAAGCUGCACAGAGACGAAUACAGCCUUUUGUUGCCCGGAGCUGGUGGAGGGUCUUUUGCUGUUUCACAGCAUGCUGUUGUUCAGCCAGUGGAUCGUCAGAUGAUGAACGUCAGGCUCUCCUGCCCAACCAUUAAAGGUCAUCUGAGAGACCGGUACAGGUUAAAGGGCUGUCCACAUAGAAUGAUAACUGUAAAUAUAUAUUUUAUCCAGGGUUUCCCGCAGAAAAUUUGUUAAGGUGGUAUGCUGUGAACACAGUGGUGCCUGCCUGUAACAGAGGAGGGGACUGACAACCUCAGCCUGUCAGUCAGGCAAUAGGGCAUAGUGAACACAGUGGUGCCUGCCUGUGCAGAGGAAGCCCAUACCGUGACAGCUUUCACCCGUUAUAUACGCUGUCUGUCUGCGUGGAGUUCUGAAAAGUGUAAACACGCUUGCAACCGCUUUACCGGCAUUGCCGUGACUCACUGUGACUUUAACAAAGUCAACGUUGUCCUCGGUAGUACCGACGUUAUUUUUUAUUUUUAAUGCGUUCUGCAGAGAAGGGAGACUAGCGUUGGUCACGGUUUGGAACGAAAGGGAGAAAACAGGACAGAGUAACACCGGAUAUCGUUCAUAUACAUUUUUUCAUGACCUAGAUAAGGUGGCAUGCCCAUCUUGCUCAGGUGGCCUCCUAAGCUGCAACAUGUUAACAUAAUAUUUAAAUCAAUGUUAACAUUUUGGCGUUUUUUUUAGAUGUUUGUUUUGACGCUUUUUCCAAAGUUUUUUGUAUUUUUUUUCCCCGAAAUGUUAUAUUUCACUAUAAUAUUAAUCAGUAUGAUAAACAUUAAUUCUUACUUAUAUUCAAAUAUAUUUGACAUUUUUGUUGCUUUUUUUUACAUUUUUGUGGGGACAUUUUUGAUGUUGUUUUUAAGUAUUUGGUGCUAUUUUAACAUUCUGGGAGCAACUUUGGGUUCAGUGUUUUGCUCAUGGAGCCUUUGACAUGUGGCCGGAGGAGCCUACGAUGGAACCAUCACCCUUGUGGUUAAGGGCCCACCCACUCUACCUCUGAGCCACAGCCACCCCUGACGCUAGCUACCUAAAGCUAGCAAAAAUGGCUCGCUAGCUAAAACUGCUGGCAGUUAAAACUUCUCUUAAUACAAUACAUCCAUGAAUAAAACUCACAUCCCAGUUAGUUAUGCUGUUAAAUGCUUCACAAUACAGCACUAUAGUCUAAACAUCACACUCAGUGUAAAGGAGUCUGUUAGGUUAUAAAAAGAUAAAACUAUGCUUAUGUAUUAUGUUUUAAAUAAUAAAUUGUAUGCUGCAGUCAGGUUAUGAAAAUAGGAAUGGAAUCUAGAAUGACUAGCCUACUAAGGUAAAAACAGCUGGUUAUUUCUCUCCCCCUCUCUUCCUGUCUUUGGUUAAAUUGAUUAGGUUUAAACCAACUAUUAACAUAUGAAAAGAAACGUCUCUUUGAGUCUCCAACCUCCUGGUGCCAAGUCUGGGUUAGAACAAAGGAAAUGCAAACUCUGUAAACUUGAAUAUAAUCAACACUUCCAUGAUAAUCAACCUUAGUCUGUGACCUGGAGUAAACCUAAAUGAAGAGGUGUGUCCUUAUCCUGAGAAAUAGGAAUAAAUGUGGGAGCAGGAGAAGGAUUCGGGGCCACAAGCCUUGGACCCGACAAGGGAACAGGUUCUGUGGUCCGCUGGUUGCACUGUAUUGUUUUGUCAUGUCGCAUGGCUGCUGACUGUUCUUCUGUAACUCCCCAAGGAGAGCAUGAGAUCAGUCCGCUGUCAGCUGCAGUGUAACAUUUGUGUUUUGACUGUCGUUUUCAUGUUGUUUUAUUAAACCAUUUUGCAUAACUUUUAAUAUUCGACCCUAACCUCUCCUUCGUCCUCAGAAAUCGAAGAACACGUCAAUUGAAAAUAAUCUUACAACCUGCAGUAGCCUACU